GAGCAAUUCAUUAUAUCUGCAACUUGAGAUCUUGUUAGAUAUCAUUAGGUAGGUAUUCAAAGUUUUCUGAGAAGCUAUAUAAACCACAUACACGUCGUAUAAUUUUCAUUCAGAAUCAUCAAAUUCAUUUUACAAUGAGUGCAUUCAUAAAGUACGUGUUGAUUCUCCUAUUAUUUGAUAUUGUGAAGAGUGUACUGAGUUUUCGCUGCGAUAGAAGACCGUAUGGUUCCACAACAACAUCCUCGCCGGCUGACGGCAGAUUUAAACUGCAGAUAGUUGGAGGUUACGAUUCCUACAUGCCUGAACAACUUUAUUCAGUACAAAUUACGGAAACAGAUGGCCAAUCGAGAUUCACAGGUUUCAUGGUAUCAGCUGAAGGCGACCUGAAACAGGAUCCUAGGAAUCCUAGAAGAAUGAUCCAGCAAUACCCGGGAGAAAUAAGACCUCAGAAUCCGUCGACGGCGAAGUUCAGUGACCGUUGCCUGUAUUCCGUUGAACAAGCAGUGAAUUCAUUUAAGUCAACUGUUGAGGUUUAUUGGCAAGCUCCGUCUUCCGGUAAUGGAUGUGUCACACUCAGAGCUAUGGUUGCGGAGAACGAAAACAUGUGGUUUGAAGAUGGCGGACCAUUAACUUUGAAGGUUUGCGAAGAUAUGCGGCAGCCCGAUGAUGUGACACCGCAAUUGAAUUAUGAAUGUCAGAUCUGCGAUGAGGCAAAGUAUGAAAUAUCUUUUACUGGUAUUUGGUCUCGUAACACGCAUCCGAGAUAUUUCCCUGAAAACGAUUGGGUUCCCCGAUACAGUGAUUUGGUUGGAGCAUCCCACACAGGGGAUUUGAUUAUUUGGGCUCCUGGAACGGAAGCUACAGAAGGUCUACAGCAAUUGGCAGAACAUGCGAACUCGAGUAAGCUAGAGACAGAAAUAUUAGAAAAGGUGGGGGAUGGAAUUCGAACGUUGAUCAAAGGUAAAGGUCACGGUAAUCUCAAGAUGAACAUACCAACAUACGCAUUUUUUCGUGCGAAUAAAGAUCAUCACUUGGUCAGCGUCGCUAUUGGCUUCUCUCCGUCACCGGACUGGUUCCUGGGUGUGGCGAGAUUCGAGUUAUGCCAACAGGAUAAUACAUGGCUUCAGGAAAGAGAGUUAAACCUAUUUCCUUGGGAUGCUGGCACGGAUAGCGGUGUCACCUAUGAAUCGCCGAACAUACAAACGUUUCCCAAAGAUGCUGUGACCCGAGUCCAAACGAGUUCGUAUGACAAAAAUUCGCCAUUUUUCGAGAUGGACAUGAAAGAUUUGCAUCCUUUUGGACGUCUAGGUUUGAAAUUAAUAAGGACUUAUCAUAGAGAGUGUGAAGAGACCACCGAGAGUGAAGAAGGAGAAACGACAGAAAAAGCAGAAAAGGAAGAAGUUCCCGACGAAAGUGGGGAGCCUGAAGAACCCUCCAGGUAUCAAUACCCAGAACUAGCUAGCAGCGACAACGGGGGUUCGUUAGGUCCAGACCCUGAAUCUUCAGAUGAUUGUCCAAUGACGCCUUGGCAAGAUUGGAGUAAUUGUGAAGGUAUAUGCGAAGACGGAAAAAUCGUUGGUAUCAAGUGGAGAGAAAGGUAUCAUCUAGUUGAUGGGAUUCCAGUUGGAAAGUAUGAUCCAAACGCGAAGCAUUUACCAAAGAAGGAAGUAUCCAAAUAUUGCGAAGAGACAUUUGAACAUUUUGAAGAACUUCCUUGUAAAGAAGAUUGUUCAGAAACAAAAGAAGAGAAUGACGAAAUCACAGCUGAACAAAGAUUUAUGGCACCGGUGAUUCCUGGACACACAUGGUCUAAGAAAAGAGCUCUCAUUAAGACAGUGAAUAAAAAUUAAUGUAGCACUAUUGUAAAUAAAAUUACGUUUUUUUUCUCAUGGUUAUUAUCAUUUAUAAGUACUUCAUACUGGCCGAUUAGUUUAAGAUACUACUGACAUAUUUUCACUGAAAUAAUUAUCUCUUUAGCAAGCCGUCGCUGAGGUCGUCACUAUUGUAAAGACUCUGAUUUAAGACUGAAAUUAAAUACACGAAUGCACUUCAAACGAAUGAAAUUUUUAUUUAUUUCCGGAACAAUCAACACAAAAACCUUAUUUAUCUACCAUCUCACAACCUAGUAAGUA